AUGUCUCUCGCUCGCUGUGGGCGUCUUGCCCGUCUCUCUUUGGGGAGCCUUCGACCGGCUGUGCCCGUGUCUGCUCGCGCUCUCACUGCCGUGCCCCGUGUCCUUCCCGUGCGGGGAGUAUCGUCAUCGAGCCCCGAUGCGCAGCAGAAGCUUCUCUCAUCCUCAUUGAAGGAUUCCGACCCGACGGUGUACACCAUCCUGGAGAAGGAGAAAAACCGCCAGCAGCACUUCAUCAACCUCAUUCCCUCUGAGAACUUCACCUCUCAGGCUGUUCUCGAUGCGCUGGGCAGUGUGAUGCAGAACAAGUACUCCGAGGGAUAUCCUGGCGCCCGUUACUAUGGUGGAAAUGAACACAUUGAUGCUUCUGAGCGCUUGUGUCAGCAACGCGCUCUCGAGACUUUCCGUCUCGACCCGGAGGAGUGGGGAGUGAACGUUCAGCCCCUGUCCGGUUCUCCCGCAAACCUUUAUGCCUACUCCGCUCUCCUGAACACCCACGACCGCCUGAUGGGUCUUGAUCUGCCCCACGGUGGCCAUCUUUCCCACGGCUAUCAGACUCCGACCAAGAAGAUCUCCGCGAUUUCCAAAUAUUUCGAAACCCUGCCGUAUCGCCUGGAUGAGUCCACUGGUUUGAUUGACUACGACGCACUGGAGAAGCAGGCUCAAUUGUACCGCCCCAAGCUGAUUGUGGCCGGUGCCUCCGCCUACAGCCGUCUGGUUGACUACCCCCGCAUGCGCGCAAUUGCCGACUCCGUUGGGGCUUACCUCCUGACUGAUAUGGCCCACAUCUCGGGUCUCGUGGCCGCCGAUGUUCUCCCAUCUCCCUUCCCCUACUCCGAUGUGGUGACCACCACCACCCACAAGUCAUUGCGAGGUCCUCGUGGUGCCAUGAUCUUCUACCGCAAGGGUGUUCGUCGCACUGACAAGAAGGGUAACAAGGAGAUGUACGACCUAGAGAACCCUAUCAACGCCUCUGUCUUCCCCGGCCACCAGGGUGGUCCUCACAACCACACCAUCACUGCGCUGGCUGUUGCCCUGAAGCAGGCCCAGUCCAGCGACUUCAAGGAGUACCAGAAGACCGUUCUAGCCAACUGCCAGGCCCUCGCCGAGCGCUUGGGUGAGUCCACCAGCAACGGCGGUCUCGGUUACAACAUCGUCUCCGGUGGUACCGACAACCACCUGGUCCUCGUCGAUCUGAAGAACCGCGGCGUGGAUGGCGCUCGUGUCGAGCGUAUUCUCGAGCUGUGCGGCGUUGCUAGCAACAAGAACACUGUCCCUGGCGACAAGUCUGCCCUCAAGCCCGGCGGUCUGCGUCUAGGUACCCCCGCCAUGACUUCUCGUGGCUUCCAGCCCGAAGACUUCCGCCGUGUUGCGGAUAUUGUCGACCGUGCCGUGACUCUGACCCAGAAGCUGGACAAGGCCGCGCGCGAGCAGGCCCAGUCGCGUGGUGCCAAGAACCCCGGUACUCUGAAGGCCUUCUUCGAGUACAUUGGUGAGGGCGAGGAGAUCUCAGAGAUUGUCAUGCUGCGACAAGAAGUUGAGGAUUGGGUGGGCACCUUUAGCCUGCCGUGGGCGAAGGACCAGUAG